UGUGUUAUGUGGGUGUGUAUCACCCUGCGUGUGUUGUCUGGGUGUAGCUGUCUGUGUCCAGGAAUGUUGUUGCAAUUUCGAACGCAACGUUUGCGCCUGUGUGUGGACAAUGUCCGGGGAGCCAUGUGUGCCAGGGGACGCGGCCUUGCUAAGUGCCGGCGUGUGUGUGUGUCACACACCAUGUGUGUGGUGUCUGGGUGUGGCUAUGGGUUUCAGAGCUUCUCGGGAGUUGUGAGUCACCCAGUAUAGGUUGUGCAGUGUGCCUGAGUGUGUUAGGCUCCAUCUUCGGCAGUGGGGUGUCCUGUGGUGACUGGGUGUGGUGGGUGUAGGUGUGUGUCACAAGGUGCAGACCGUUGUAGGCACAGCCCAUUGUGUGUCAGUGUGUGUCUCUGCCCACGUGGAUGGAUGCCUCUUCCUUGCUCUGACCCAGACACACCCCAGCCCCUCCUUAGUCUGGGAAGGGGGGUUGGGGAGCCUCCCCCUACCCAGGGACCUCCCCGCCCCUCCCGCCCUGCCCUGCUGCCGUUACCACUCCCCAGAGGGCACCGGGCUCUGCCGUGCCUCUGCCUCAGAGCAGAAGCCCCGGUGCGAGCUGAGCAGCCGGCGGCCUGGAAGCCAAAGUGGCUGCCAUUUGCGUACUGCGAGGUGGGGGACCUUGGGCAGGAAGCUGGCUGAGCCUCAAGACCUCAGGGGCCAUGGGCGGGGACCUGGUGGCUGGCCUGGGGGCCCUGCGGAGGAGAAAGCGCCUGCUGGAGGAGGAGAAGUGGCUGGCUGGCUGGGCGCUGGCACUGGCGGGAACUGGCAUCGGACUCAUGGUGCUGCACGCGGAGAUGCUGUGGUUCGGGGGGUGCCCGUGGUCGCUCUACCUCUUCCUGGUUAAGUGCACCAUCAGCCUUUCCACCGUCUUGCUGCUUUGCUUUAUUGUCGCCUUCCACGCCAAAGAGGUCCAGCUGUUCAUGACCGACAACGGGCUCCGAGACUGGCGCGUGGCGCUGACCCGGCGGCAGGUGGCGCAGAUGGUGCUGGAGCUGGCGGUGUGCGGGCUGCACCCCGCACCGGUGGGGGCUCCGCCCUGCGUGCCGGGUUCCGAGGCGCAGCGGGCCGCCACGCAGGCCUGGCGGAGCUUCCUAGGCGAAGGGGAGGCGCUGCUGUCCUUGGCCAUGUUGCUGCGCCUCUACCUGGUGCCCCGCGCUGUGCUCCUGCGCAGCGGAGUCCUGCUCAACGCGUCCUACCGCAGCAUCGGCGCUCUCAACCAGGUCCGCUUCCGCCACUGGUUCGUGGCCAAGCUGUACAUGAACACGCACCCCGGCCGCCUGCUGCUCGGCCUCACGCUUGGCCUCUGGCUCACCACAGCCUGGGUGCUGUCUGUGGCCGAGAGGCAGGCUGUUAAUGCCACCGGGCACCUGUCGGACACACUGUGGCUGAUCCCCAUCACGUUCCUGACCAUCGGCUAUGGGGACGUGGUGCCGGGCACCGUGUGGGGCAAGAUUGUCUGCCUCUGCACUGGAGUCAUGGGGGUGUGCUGCACAGCCCUGCUGGUGGCUGUGGUGGCUCGGAAGCUGGAAUUUAACAAGGCGGAGAAGCACGUGCAUAACUUCAUGAUGGACAUCCACUAUACCAAGGAGAUGAAGGAGUCAGCUGCACGCCUGCUGCAGGAGGCCUGGAUGUACUACAAACACACACGCAGGAAGGAGCCCCGGGCCGCCCGUAGGCACCAGCGCAAACUGCUGGCCGCCAUCUACACCUUCCGUCAGGUGCGGCUCAAACACCGAAAGCUCCGGGAACAAGUGAACUCCAUGGUGGACAUCUCUAAGAUGCACAUGACCUUGAGUGACCUGAAGCAGCGUCUGAGUGACUCACACGAGGCCCUAGAGAAGCAGAUCGAUGGGCUGGCGGGGAAGCUGGACACCCUGAGCGAGCUGAUCAGUGCUGCCCUGGGCCCGAGGCAGCUUCCAGAACCCAGUCAGGAGGCCACGUAGCGGACCUACACAGGAGGAAUCAGACUGCUUUCCCCAGGAUGGAGGCCCCUCAUCCAGCCCUGUGGAUAAAGCGCCUCUUGCAUGAGGACUUGGGCUGGGCCGACUCACUCACUGGCAGCACCCGCCAGGGGACACUGGCUCAAGGCGGAGCCUUGGCCCUCCAGAGGCCCCAAAUGAGAGCAUGUGCUACAGCCCCACACGCCCUCAUUAAAACCUUUCCGCCAUGCUGCUAUAGAUGACUUUCAGUAAAAAGUGGAGGUGUCUGGGGUGGGACCCGGGUCCCAGCAGAGGAGGGGACCAGGGGGCCCGGAGUCCAGGAUCCUGGGAAGCUUCAGUUACCGCUGGACGGCACAGCUGAAAGAACAAGAUCUGCGAGGCGGGAGGCGGCGCCCCCUAGCGGAUAGCAACAAGGACACCGUUUUUCCGAAGCUGCAGAGACUAUGGGAGUGUGGGGUGUGGGGCGU